GGAGGUGAAUUGCAUCACAUAGGCAAUGACAAUUUACUUGAGUUUCGUCGUAAAUUAGAUGUCAUGAAACGCGACGAGUUUGUUUGGGUCCCUUAUGCUGGACAUGUGGAAAUGAAUUUGAGUCAAGUUUAUUUUAUUGGGUCUGUAUUAUGGACAUGUAUCGUACCACUUAUUUGUUUUCAAAAAGUGGAAUGGCACUAGCCGGAUAGAGUCAUGCGACAGUUUGGAAUGCAACAACCUAUUCUGGGCCCAGUAAUGCAACCCGAAAACAUACAUGACUUGACCUUAAAGGGAAAAGAAGGAAGAAAUUGGAUGCGACUAAUGCAACCCGCGCUUAAUGAAUGGAAUAGUCGCUAUGAAAGGAGAGUAGAACAAACGCCGCCACAAACAGGGACCCUUAGUCUGAACUCUGAAUAUAUGAGGUGGUACAGGCGUAAGACAAAAGUUUAUGUCGACCCAAAACAUGCAAGAAGAGGACUAUUGGGUGAAAUCGCGGAAACACUACAUUUUAUGGUGUCGCCUGUUGGGAGAAGGGUUUGUACUUUUGAUGAUUUACUGCCAUGUAUCGAGAAGAUCACUCUUAUAUCUGAAGAAGAGGAUAGGAUACUUGAGGCACAUCAAGAUGCUCCCCCUUCUCAGCCACAAUUUGAACAUCAGCAGUUUAAUAUACUACAGCGAAGUGUGGAGACUCGAGGCUUAGGGCGACGUCGGCAAACUGUGGAUGCAGCACUGUACAGUUUGCCUCCGAUGCCAGAACGAGAACAUGGAAUGUAUUACACACCACCGGUAUUCACCCAAGAACCAUCGCAGAUGGCGCCGAUGUAUUCAUACCCACAUGAUUUCCAAUCAGGGUACAGUAUGACAGGCAUAUUUGGAUCCUCUCCUCCUUCAGGGGGGACUCCUUCAUUCACCCAAAAUAAUGAACUACCGACCCCAAAUGCUCCACUUGGUGGUCCGUGGAAUGUACCUGGAAAUAUACCCGACAUGAAUGACUUAUUGGGGGUCGAUUUACGUCAUGAUUUCUCUGCCGAGGCUGACGAAGUGGAUGAAAGGGGGAAUCUUAGAAGAAGAAACCCUGAUAGGGCAGCUAGGAAUUGGGAUCGGCCAUGUGGGACAUCGUCGCGACAUCACAGACAUAGUCAUGAUUGAUUAAUAAUGGGUUUACAUUGUAUUGUUUUUUUCCAUGUACUUUGUAUUGUUUUUUUUUUCAUGUUUUAACAAUGUCAUGUACUUUGUAUGGUUGUUUU